AUGUGGACUGUGCUCCAAGCUGCCUUUGUCAGCCUCCACAAUAGACUCACUGUGCCAAAUUCUGCCCCCAAAGGUGUUAUGUGGGGGCCUGAGAAGGUGGCUUGUCUUCCUGUCCAGUCAGAGGGGCCUGUGAGGGCUUCUGGAUGUUUCCAGUUGUGGUUCCUCCCAGAGCCCCCCAGGUUUUUUCAGUUGCCUGGUAGGGGGCAGGGCAGGUACUCUUCAGGGUGGGCACUGCCUGGAUUGUUAUCACUUUCUCUCCUGGAUGGGGAUGAGAAUGUUUUCCUGAGCCCUCUGUUAACUUGGGUUUUUGGGUGGUCCCCAGAGUCACUGGCAAUCUUCAAGGUGGAUCUUGGAAGUCGUAUGUGA